AUGGGGUAUGUGACGGUUGGAUAUCCCAGUAAAAAUAAAAAGCACAGAUUAAAUUUUAAUCAUGAAUUACACCCAAUUUAUUAUAACAAUGAUCAUGCUCAAAAAUUAAUACGAAAGUCAAAACUAUUAAAAUUAGAUUAUACAAGGUCAAGACCCAAGAAACAGAUAGAUGAUCCUAUUGUGCCUAUAGAAAUUAAACCCCCAGUUACUAUAAAUGGUUUACCAAACGAAUUAAUUCAAAGAAUUUUUAUCUUUAGUAAUGGUCAUUCCAGCAUGUGCUUAUUGAAUAAAAGAUAUAAUUCUAUUUUACAGCCUUCUACUCAUUUAAUACGACAAAUAAUUAUAUCUAAUUAUUUAUCACAUCAAAGUAUACCCAUCACAAAUGGCAAAGCAGCAGAUGAUGAGGAGGAGGAGGAAGGAGAUGAUGGAAAAGAUAAACAAAUAGAGUAUGAAGAUAAAAUAAUAUUGUCACUCGAUAUCUUUCAUAAAGAAAUUUUAUUUAAAUAUAUCACUAGUGAGUCAGGUUAUGAAUGGUUAAAAAGAUAUAAUUUCAUUAUCCAAGCUGAGAAAUAUCCAAUCGCUUAUCCACCAUUGUUUUAUAAAUACAUCGAAGUAUUUACAAAUACUCAAUUAAUGAAAUCAUUUAAAAAAAAAUUUGUUAUAAGUAAUAUCAUUGAAUUUAUUGAAAUUUUUACUGAUUGGUAUUUGCAAAAUGGUGGAACUCAAACUUCACAGUUAAAUUUGAAAAAAUAUUUCAAAACCAUUGAUAGAUAUAUUUAUUCAAAAAUUCCCAAUGAUAACAAUGAUGAUUUAGAAGAAAUAGAGCAAUUAUUUAUUGAAGGUUUAUUGAAUUCAAAUAAAACUUUAAAUUCAAAUAAAUUUUAUGUAUUAUUCGAUAAAUUUAUUGGGAAAUAUGGUAUUAAUCAUGUUAAUAAAAAAUGGUUAUGGGAUCAUGUAGUGAAACAUAGAGAUAGUAAUUUAAUACACAUUAUAGAGAAAUAUGGUGGUACUGCCAGAAUAGUUUAA